AUGUUGACUGGCUCUGGUCAACGUGGCGGUAUCAUGCACGAGAUCUUCGUAUCGAGCGAUUAUUCCGACGAAACUCCGCCUCACGCAAGUCCAUCCAGCGAUAGGACGCGUGGUGAUGGUGGUGAUGCAUCUAUGCAUCACCAUGGGCGAAGUAACUUGAGGGACCGGGGUAUCAUUGGUAUCAUAGCUCACGCUGGCACCAUUCAAGAGGCCAGGGACCGAAAUGUCCUGCGUCACUCUCCUCAAGUAGAGUCUCCGUGGAUGCCAUCAUCCAAGGAGUUGGAACGGUUGGCCGGAAUGACUACCGAACGGGAUCGAAUUCCGUUGUUCGACUGUAGGAGGAUUUGUCCUCCUACUUCCCGCUCGGAAACUAUCCGUGCUGAGGAAGAAUUCUCCACCGAUGCGUUUUUUGAACAUCGGUGGUACAAUGGCAACCGUGGUCGAGACAAUAAGGCCUUGGCACAAGGAUAG